GAUCAACAAUGGAAAAAGCUUAAUUUUCACUUCAUUUCUUGGAGAAAACCCUAAACCCUAAUUUUUUCCCCUUCAAAAUCCCAUAAUAUCCCAAUAGUUUCUUUCUUUAUUUCUUCAACUUUUCAAGAAAAUGAAUUAUCCACACCAGAUCUAUCACCAGAAUGAUACGAUUGAGAUAAACGUAGACGAUGAAGUAUACUGCCCAGCAACAAUUCUUGAAGCAGUCGGAGAAGACCACCAGUACUACAGAGUACAGUACCUUGCACUGCCAAUGACCGAGAAAGUUCACAUAGCCGAUAUGAGGCCUACUCCGCCGGAGUUGAACGAUAGGUUAUUUCUGGAGAAUGAUAUGGUGGAUGCUUAUUAUUACGGUAAUUGGCUGCGUGGCUGGCUUGCAGGAAACGGAGCUGGUCCUAAUAAGUACACUGUGAUUCUUUAUAAUGAUUUAGUACUGGAUACUAAUCGGAUCAGGUUUCAUUCUCAGUGGUCUCCCCUCCCCGAUUUUGAUAUUCCGUGGCACAGAAUGAAUGAUCGUUUACCGGAUCUAAUCGUUCGCAAUAUGUCGUAAGGAAACGGUCGAUGAUUCUGCAACUGAAUUGCAUUUCGGCGCUAUAUUAGAAAUGUAUUUGGGAAUUGUAUGAGUAGUGCUUUAAGGCUCAUUAUAUAAUUACUGGCAUAAAAACCCUAAUUUUAAUAUGGUAUUAAUAUAGAUCGACUGUUAAGUAUGGAUGGUUUAAUUCAUAAAAAAAGUAUGGAUAGUUUAGGUAUGAAAUUGUGUUAUGACACCUUUGAAAUUGCAUUUAAUUAGUGGUUAUGUGAUUAGUACUUUUUAUUAA